AUGAUAGACCCCGAGUACCCGAGAGAGUGCGCACCUACAUGGCUCGCUGCUAACGGCGGCCGGCCAAACGCGAUCCACUGUGAAGACGGGUCUUGCUACGACUUUGAGGAAUACAACAGCUGCCUCGAAGACGGAGACCCAAACAAGGUCAUGACGGACAAUGGCAUGUAUCUUCCGAAACACAAAGACAAAAACGGCCAGCAGCUUUACUUGCAGAUUGCCAUUUAUGGCGCAAAGAACGGAGCCAACGGCUACGUGGGCCUGCAGCUUCCCUGCAAGGACGGCGAUCCGACGCCCCAUCCCAAAGCCCCGCGAUGUCAGACUGUUCUCCGGAGGUUGGGAAUCAGCUGGUGCACGGAGGAAUUGAUCCAGGCGGAACACGAACGGCGCAUUAAAGAGGCUGGUGGUUCCGGGGCGGCAGGUCCAAGCCACGGCGGCCACGCGGGAGGUGGUCGCGGCCGCGGUGGCCCUGGUGAUGCCCCUGGCGGUGCCCCUGGCGGCGGCGGCGGCGGCGGCAGUUCGGAUGCUGCCGGUGCCACCGGUGGCGGCACUACAGGUAGUCACGGCUUCCAGGGGCCCCGGGGAGGCUCCAAUGCUGCUUACUUCUCCGGGGCCGGCGGCAUGUCACAAGCCCAUGGCACGACGGGUCACCAUUACGGUUACGGCGACAGCUACACGUCAAACCUGCUCGCCAGUGGAAUGUCGGGGCUCAGCAUAGGCGCCGGCAAGCCGUCUGCCGGCGCGCCGAAGCAAACCGUUUCCGGGCUCUCCAAGGGUCAGCCGUCCACCAACAAUGUCUUCACGGCCUUCCAAGAUAUUGGCCAGGGAGAGGUCGAUAGCCACGGCAACCCGGUCUACGACGGUAUUGUGUUUGACAAAAAGGGAAAGCCUACCACGCGACGAGUUUCUGUCAACAUCUACGGUAUGGCGAUCGACCAGCGUCAGUACUUCUGCUUCAAUUCCGACGGAAAUCCAUUUGAUAAACCACCAGAGGUUUCCGAGAAGGACCCAGACCCCGCGAGGGCGAGCAAGCUGUACAAGUUGGCGAAAGCGUUAUAUACGGGCAAAAUGGCCGCCGCCUCGACUCUCCGCGACCACCAUGACAACAGCACCACCAACAGGCCCUCCACGGCUGGCAGCGGCGGCAGCGGCGGCGAGUACACCACGCGCCCCGGAAGCCGAACCGGCACCACCGGCAUCAGUGCCAGCUACGGGUACGCAUCCGUCCCGCGUACCGCCGCCUACGGCCAGCACUCGGGAGCUCACUACGACGCCGUGCCCGGCGCGCCGAGCUCCCGCCCCUCCAGCCGGGACGGCGGCCCAAGCCAAACCGCGGCCCAAAAAGGCCCCUCGCCGCCGAGCAAGGUGAAGCUCGACGAUCCAAACUCAAAGUCCAAGUCCAAGUCGAUCUUCACCGUACACGGCAUCGAUAGGGGCAAGCCCUACAUCAAGGGCGUGAAGGGUGACAAGGACAAUCAGCAUUACGAGCUAUCCUACUCGGAUAAGAACAGGCAGUUUUAUAUCUCGACAGGGCCGAGCAGGAAGGAUAGGGUCUACGUCACCGCAGCCUGA